AUGCCGGCGGCUGAAGACAAUAUUCGCACCGUUUCGGCCCUGGCGACGCAAUUGGGCAACCAGAUCUCGGUGCAGAUGCUCAAUUAUCUCAGCACAACCCAUGAUUUGCCCGAAGGCUUUCGUGAUCUAUCACAUACCUUCCUCGACACGUGUCGGACCCUAUGGGCCAUCGAAACGGGCGUUACCGAACUAGCCGGGGCCAAUCGGUCGCUGCCGGAAGUCAUAAUCGAAGAAGUGGGAAAGAAGUUUGAUGCGGCAUAUCGCGAUAUGAGCAUCGCGGGACACUGGGGAAGUUGCAGCGAGGGUUUCAAUCGGCCGGGGCACGAAUUGCGACGCAUCCAUGAUUCGCUGAAGAGAAUCAAUGAGACGCUCCAGAUCAGUGGCAUGGCGUUCCACUGGUCCCUUGGAGAGGCGCGUCCAGAGGACUCAGUCGGCAUCGGAUACUCAAGUUUGGCUGCUGCGCUAGACCGCAUCUCACAAGGCCGGUCCCGAGUUCUAUCGGGCCAACCCGGUCGCUGUCGUCACUCCAUCAACAUUCUUCUGAACCCCCACGAUCGCCGCCCUCGGUACCUCCGAAGGGAUCUAUGGACCAAUAUAGCCAGAGGUAUACACCAUCGAACCGUGGAGAAAAUUCCCAGGUUAUCUCGCAUACGGACGGGGACAGCAUCGCGGAUGACAUGUCCUCUAUCCUCUCCCCUGAACACCUUCCUUAAGCCCGCUGGACGUAUUGGGGAAGCCUCUUCUCUCGAUAACCGAUUGAUGCACUACGGGCCGAACAAGACACAUGCGGUUAUCCCAGUUGAUGAAGUCAGUUCCGUAUCUGAUCGAGGCUCAGAAUCCCAUUCGGCGUAUCAUGGAAAGCAAGCUGCAACCCCAUUGACCGAUACGGCUUCCUCCCACCGUCGACCCAGCCCAUCUCUUUCCCGUGGCGACGGUAAUUCUCAGAGCAUGCUUUCAGCCGCCGUGCGGGGUCGAAAUUAUCCAUUGAUAGAACAACUCCUGACCAUCGGCGUGUCGCCCGAUAAAUCGGAGCACUUUCAUCCACUCAGCGAGGCUGUCCAGCAACGUGAUAUCGAGGCCGUACGAUUGUUGCUGCUUCACAAAGCAGACCCAAAUAUCCCCGACUCUCAGAGCCGCGUACCGCUUUAUCUGGCCGUAGACCAGUCUUUUGCCGACGGAGUAACACUGCUGCUCAAACACGGCGCAGACGCAAAUUACCGGGCGAAUGCAGAGAUCGAAUCCCCUCUCAGCCAUGCCAUCACCAGCGGCAAUGUCGAGAUCACAAGAACCCUGUUGACUCACGCAGGGAACUUGGCCGAGAAUGCUCGACAUGACGCGACGUUCUUGAUCGACGCAAUCCGUAAGCGGACGCCGCAGCAGAUUAUCGAUCUGCUACUAGACGCCGGCUGCGACCCUGACCUUAAAGACCGCCAUGGGAAAACAGCUCUGUGCGAGGCAGUCCAGACUGACCAACCGUCAGUUGUGACAACCCUUCUCGACCAUCACGCGAACCCCAAUCUACCAGGCCCCGAGCAUGUUCUCUGGUCCGCUGUCCACCGUCCUGGAUGCCUCCGCAUCCUCCUGGCCCGCGGCGCCGACAUUCGAAAAGCGCCCGGGAUCAUGGAGCAGGCCACAAGCGUGAACAACAUCGACGGCGUCCGUGUGCUUUUGCAAGCUGGAAUCGACCCGAAUCUCAAGAAAGAUGGAAUAUACACGCCCCUGUGCUCCGCUAUUCGCGACGAUCGCCCCGAUAUUGUCUCUUUACUCCUGAGCCAUAGCGCCGACCCGAACGCCAUGGCAUCCGAGUACCCAGCUUGGAAGUGUAUCACCCACAACCGCCUGCAGUACCUGCCAGAGCUGUUGGUGGCCGGGGCUAACCUCCGCGACCCACCCGGAAUCGCUGAAUGCGCCGUGGCGAAUAACAACGCGAAGGCCCUUCGCUGGGUGAUUGAACAAGGAGGCGCGAACCCAAACGACCGAAACUCUCUGGGACAUACGGCGCUCACCACUGCUCUUCGAGAGGACCGCCCCGAAAUGGUGAAGUGGCUGCUCGAGCACGGCGCCGAUCCUAAUCUCCGCGGCGAAGACUGGCCUAUUUAUAUGGCGAUUCGGUCGUCCGCCUUGUUGCAGCUUCUUCUGCCUUACAUUUCUGACUUGUCGAUCCAUAAGGGGGUUAUGGAGAAGGCUGUGCAAGCAGAUCAGCUGGAUAGCGUCAAGCAGUUGAUUGCCGCGGGCGUCAAUGUGGAAUGGAAGAGCGGGGGCGUAUUCUCGCCUUUAACGACCGCUUUGCGCGAGCGCCACAAACCUAUCGUGCGAUAUCUGCUGAACGAGGCUGGCGCCGACCCCAAUGCCCCCGGCGAACAUCUUCCGCUGGUGAAGGCGAUUCGGCGAUGUGAGCCAGAUGAUUAUACUAUGAUUGAGCUUCUUCUUGAAAAGGGUGCCGAUCCCAGAUAA